CGGCAGCAGGAGGAGGAGGAGGUGACCGGGCAGGGAGAGGAGCUGAUGGGUUCAGGAUCUCUCCUGGAGCCCCCGAAGUGUCUGGUGGAGACUCGGACACGCUCCCGCCUGUGCCACAAAGCGGGGCUCCCUGCGAGGAGCUCCCAGCCCGCGUGUGGCAGGCCCUGGUGCGUGUGUGACCCGCGGGCCCGCUCGGCUUUCGGGAGCGGCCACGCGGCUCUGGCCGUGCCGGCGGCUGCGGCGUGGGGCUGAUCCCUGGCACCGCCGGCCGCUUCGGCCAGCCUCUAGUUUUUUGCUGAGCCGUGCCCAGAAGAGGAGACAGUGCUGCACUGCCAGAAUCCCGACUGCGCCGGAGAGAGGAGGGCGGCCAAGGAAUGCCACCACGCAGAGUGCCGGCAGCUGAGCGGCAGCGGCCCCCUCAGCCUGUGUGAGCCCUGCGACGGCCGCCUCCAUGGCGCCAUGCACUUCGAUGGCCACAUCCGCUUGGACCUGCCCCCGCAAGGCUCUGUCCUGGCCCGCAACAUGUCGACACGUUCAUGCCCCCCGCGCACCAGCCCUGCCUCUGAUGUGGAGGAGGAGGAGGAGGGUCCAGCAGAGAGCAGAGGGGAGCGCAGGAGCUCAGCGCUGAAGCUGCCCAAGAAGAAGGCUUGGCGCAGGCACACGGACGACCCCAGCAAGGAGUGCUUCACCUUGAAGUUUGAUCUUAGCAUCGACAUCGAGGCAGAGAUAGUGCCAGCUGUGAAGAAGAAGUCGCUAGGGGAAGUGCUGCUGCCAGUCUUUGAGAGGAAGGCAAUCGAGCUGGGCAAAGUGGACAUCUACCUGGACCAGUCCCACACGCCGCUGUCCCUGCAGUUCGAGGCGUAUCGCUUUGGGGGACACUACCUGCGGGUGAAAGCCAAGCCCGGGGAUGAGCUGAAGGUGGAGCAGGCAGUGCGGGAUGCCAGGUCAGCCAGCCUGCCCAUCCUGCACCCUGCCAGCACUGCUGCAUUCCUUGGGCCAGUGCUGGAGCCACUGCCAGGACGCCGGGAGGGCACUGAGAGCCUGGCUCCGGGACGGCGAAGGAAGAACAUAACAGAGUUCCUGGGGGACACCAGCAUCCCCAGCCCUGAGCCAGCCCUGCACAGCAGCAGCUCUCUGCCCACCAAUGGCACCGACACCUGGAAGAACCGCGCUGCCAGCCGCUUCAGCGGCUUCUUCGGCUCCGGGACCAGCACGGGCUCCUUCGGGCGGGAGACUGAGAAGCUGGAGCAGCUGGUGAACAGGCUGCAUGCCUACAGCACCUUCGGGCUGCCCAAGCUGCCACCCCAGCUCCGCUUUGACCGCGACUCCUGGGAGGAGGAUGGGGAUGAGGCUGGGCUGACACUGGAGGACAGCUGGCAGCAGAUCAUCCAGGGCACAGAGGUCCUGUCACGCCGGCAGUGCCACCAGCAGGAAGCCAUCUGGGAGCUGCUGCACACAGAGGCCACCUACAUCCGGAACCUCAAAGUCAUCACUGAUCUCUUCCUCUCCUGCCUGGUGAACCUGCAGGAAUCAGGGCUGCUCUGUGAGGUGGAUGCUGAGCGGCUCUUCAGCAACAUUGGGGAGAUCAUCCGGCUGCACUGCAAGCUGUGGCGCAGCGUCAUGGCCUCAGUGCUGGCCAAGGCACGACAGACUGGGGCACUGCUUGACCCCAUUGACUUCCUUGAUGGCUUCAAGAUGUUCGGGUCCCUCUUCAAGCCCUACGUGCGGUAUUGCAUGGAGGAGGAGGGCUGCAUGGAGUACAUGCGGGCACUGCUGCGGGACAGCGAGCUCUUCCGCACCUAUGUGACGUGGGCCGAGAAGCAGGAGCAGUGCAGCCGCCUGAAGCUGAGCGACAUGCUGGUGAAACCUCACCAGCGCCUCACCAAGUACCCGCUGCUCCUCAAGUCUAUCCUGAAGAAGACGGAUGAGCCACGCGCCCGUGAUGCCAUCAACACCAUGAUCAGCUCUGUGGAACGCUUCAUCAACGACGUCAACUCGCGGAUGCGCCAGCGGCAGGAGCGGCAGCGCCUGGACGCCAUCCUGAGCCGGAUUGAUGCCUAUGAGGUGGUGGAGGGCAGCACAGACGAGGUGGACAAGCUGCUGAAGGAGUUCCUGCGGCUGGACCUGACGGCCCCCAUCCCCGGCACCUCCCCGGAGGACACCCGGCAGCUCCUCCUCGAGGGCAACCUGAAGAUGCGGGAAGGUAAAGACAGCAAGAUGGAUGUCUACUGCUUCCUCUUCACCGACCUCUUCCUCAUCACCAAGCCCUUCAAGAAGGCAGAGCGCACCAAGGUGAUCCGGCAGCCCUUGCUGGUGGACAGAGUAGUUUGCCGGGAACUCAGAGACCCAGGCUCCUUCCUCCUCAUCUACCUGAAUGAGCUGGGGAGUGCUGUGGCCGCCUACACCUUCCAGACCAAUGGGCAGUUGUGCCGCAGCUGGGUCGAGGCAGUACGCAAUGCCCAGAACCUGCUGCAGCGGCUGCGGCAGCGCCGGCGCAUGGAGGAGCAGGAGGAGGAGGAUGAGGAGGAUGAGGAGGACGACGGUGAGAGUGGCACCUCAGCUGCCAGUUCACCUACCAUCCUGCACCACAGCAGCGCCAGCCCAGACUCACAGCAGUGCCCGUCCGAUGGCUCCACUGAGACGCUUGCUGUGGGGGCAGCAGACGGGGGCGAUGAGCUCUCCUCCCCAGACUGGGACACAGGACCCUUCAGCUCAACCUCGGAUGGCUCCUCUAUCAGCACCAGCACCUCCAUCGGCACUGGCACCUCUGCUGAGACCCCCACCUCCGCCGAGAUCCCCACCCAGGAGCUGCCUGCAGGCGCCCUGCCGGUUCCCCUGCCCCAUGGCAUGGCCUCCCCAGGCAGCGGCUGCCGCUCGUCCUCCAUCGACAGCGCCUAUGGCACGCUCUCACCUGCCUCCCUGCGGGACUUCGUCCAGCAGCCAGAGGGCAUGGCCGAGGAGGGGCAGGAGCGCCCCUCCCUGGCCCCUCCUGCUCCACGGCCUGCCUCACCCCGGCUGCGCCGCCGGACACCCGUGCAGCUCCUGCCUUGCCCGGCUAGGGUGCUUAAGUCCAAGUCAGAGGCUAGCUUGCCCCAACUCCUGAGCCCCACUUCCCCAGGCCCCCUGAGCCAAAGCCGCAGCCUCUCUGACCUUUGUGCUGGUUCCCCCCGGACUAGCCAAGAUCCCGCACCUCUGGCUGCUCCUGGCAGCAGUGGCAGCUCCACAUCAGAGCUCUCAGAGCCAGAGGAGCCAGUGGAGAGCCCAGCAUCCCUCCCAGGGGAGCUCAGGCACGAUGCCCAACCUCCUGCCCGCCGGACCCUGUCAGAUCCGCAGUCGGCACAGCACCGCAAGCUGACACUGGCGCAGCUGUACCGGAUCCGGACCACGCUGCUGCUCAACUCCACGCUGACGGCCUCGGAGGUCUGAGAGCUGCUGGCGUGGAAAAGAACAGAUGCAUGGAUGUACCAAGGAGCUUCUCCUGCUUCUAACCGUAGCGUAAUGCCGGGGCCAGGAAGAGCGGGCACUGGGAUGCCACGCUGGUGGGGACAUGGAUGGGGAUGCAGACCAGUCCCCUUGGCGAGGAUGUGUCCUGGGCAUGGCGGUGUGGGGCUGGAGAUGGCACGUGGCUUGUGCUGAACCCCUUGUCCACAGACAUGAGAGUUGUCGGGCAGGGGGCCCUGGGGCUGUGGGGGGCUGUGGGAGACCGUGGGUCAGCUCCUGCAGGCGAGGAAGGGAUGAUGACGUCGGCAGUGGUGAGUGGGGAAGGUGCUGAGAGGGACGUGGUGCCGGUGGCACGGGGCUGUGAACAGUGCAGGGAGGAGGCUGGGGCUGGUGGCAGGAGAGGAUGGUGCAGGGCUGAGGCAGGUUUGCCCUGUGGGGUGGCAGUGGAUGGCAGCACCUGGGACUGGAGUGUGGGAGCCACGGUGGGACACGCGCGGUGGCCAGAGCCCCGGCUGCCCCCCCUAUGCUAAGCUGCACUCCACGUCCCAGUUGAGCAAUAAAACCAGCUGGUGCACGCUCA